AUGUCCAGCGUCGAAGGUUCUCCGCCCGCAUCGCCGGCCCAGGAUUCCACUCCUGCGAGUCCAACCAACGACAAUGCCGGGAGUCCUAGCAGGAGUCGCUCGGGGAGCGUCGAGUCCGCAGCCUCACGGAAGUCCCGCUCUGGGAGCAGAUCGCCAUCUCCCAAGCGGUCGAGAAGCGGCUCCAUCCAGUCCAAGAGUCGGUCCCCUUCUUCGGGACGAUCCAGAAGUGGAUCGGCCGACCGCAACAGAUCGCGUUCCGGCUCAGUCCAAUCCAGAAACCGCAGUGGAUCUCGUUCGCGAUCGGGCUCCCGAAAAUCGAGGAGCAGAUCGGCGUCAGGGUCCCGCAAGUCGAGGAGCAAAUCCGGCUCGAAGUCAAGGUCCCGCUCACGUUCGAAGAGCGGAUCGCGGCACAGUGGAGCUUCGAGGUCCCGGAGUGGCUCGCGCCGAUCCCGCAGCGGAUCGAAGUCCAGGAGUCGGUCGCGCUCACAGAGCGGCUCUCGUUCUCGGAGCGGGUCCCGUUCCCGCAGUGGAUCCCGCCGGUCCCGCAGUGGAUCCCGCGGCUCCAGAAGCGGCUCGGGCAGCAGAUCCCGCAGUGGUUCCCGGAGUCGUUCGCGAAGUCGCUCCGGAAGCGGUUCUCGGAGUCGAUCGCGGAGCGGACGAUCGAAGAGUGGCUCUCGAUCGAGAAGUCGAUCCCGGAGUGCCAGUGGAUCGCGCAGCAGGAGCCGGUCACGGAGCGGGAGCCGUGCCUCCGCUCGCUCCAGAUCCGGCAGCAGGAGCGGGAGCGACGAGGAAAUGUCGAUACAGCGAAAGAAGAAAAGAAAGGUCAAUCGAAUCGGCGACGAAUCCGACAAUGAAGGUCCAAAUGAGCUCGUCAACGAAAUUUUUGGCCAGAGCGGCGACGAAGGCGAAGAAGAGGCUGCACCGGCCGCUUCGGGAGCUAAAAACGCCGAGAAACCCGCCGAGGGGUCCAAGCAAGUCGAAGAUUCCUCGGACGACGAUGCGCGCGCACAGGGCAGCAGUAUGUCUGAUUUCGACCUGAUGCUCAUGCGGAAGAAAGCUGAACGCGGCGGCCGCCGAAAACGGAAAGAUGUCGACAUCAUCAACGAUACCGAUGACAUGAUCGCCGACCUCAUCAAGGAGAUGAGGCUCCGAGCCGAGGAAGAUCGCGAGCUCAACAGGAAAAGACAGGCCGCAACCAAAAAACUCAUGUAUCUCAAAGAAGUUCUGCCGCAUUUGCGACGUGUCGAUCUGAAGAUGGCAUUCCUCGAUCAGGGGGUGCUUACCGUCAUCUGUGAUUGGCUGAGUCCGCUUCCGGACAAAUCGCUGCCGAAUCAGAAGAUCCGAGACGAAAUGCUCAAGCUCCUCUGGGAAUACUCGAGCGAAGGGCUCGAUCUCGGACUGCUGAAAUCUUCGAAAAUCGGCCGAGCCGUGAGAUACCUGUCGAAGCACCCGAAGGAGACCAAGGAGAAUAAGAUGAGGGCCACGAAGCUCGUGUUCAAUUGGGCUCGUCCGAUCUUCAACCUAAACACCGACUACACGACCGUUUCGAAAGAAGAGCGCGAAUCGAAGGACUACGAGCGUCUGAAGGCGACAAGACGGAAAGACCUCGAAGGAGACCCGGCGAGCAAGAGACGCAAAACAGAAGACGAAAGCGUCCAAGCGAAACCGGGCGAGCCGGGCUUCGUGGCUCGAGCUCGGGUGCCGAGACCUUCUAUCAAGGACUACGUGGUGCGGCCCAAAUGGAACGUCGAGACAGAGUUCAGCGUGAAGAACGCAGAGAAGAAGAAGAAGUCUCGAUUAGACAAACAUGUCCGAGCGUUCCAGGAACGCAAACGACACUCCGCGGGUCAGAGAUCAGUUGCCAUAAGUAUUGAAGGCAGGAAAAUGGCUCUUUAG